AAGCCAUGACACAUUAACAAAAAAAAAAAAGGAAAUAAACAUAAACUUUGGAUUUGUUUCUUUUUCUCUCCAAAAUCACACGAAUCUUCUCUCUCAAUCCUGUUUUUUUUUUAAUCCUUCCUUCAUCUUCAGGUUUCUUUCGAUUCAUUGAGUCAUUCGAUUUCGUUCAUCACUGUGUUGUCCUCCCGUUCUUCUCCGAAAACUCAUCGGAGAAAGAGAAUCCAAGUCGUUCGUCUCUGUUUCUGGGUUAGUACUUAACUCGAUGACUUAUCACGAGGAGGACGAUGUGGUUUCUGAAUUCCGAGUGAGAGUUGAAGAUGAUGGAGUUGAGAAAUCAGGGUGUUAUGUUAAACUCAGUGAUAAUGAGUUUGAAGAACAGCGACAAGGAACAGAACAUGGAGAAGAAGGAGAAGAUUCAUCAUCAUCAUCACCGUCUUCUUCUUCUUCUUCUUGUGGAAAGAAAAGAUCUGUGUGGUUUUGGAUCAAGCUUGGUCUUUUCUUCACGAUUCUUACUGCUUUAGGUCUCGCUUGUUACAAAUGGCUCGCUCCUUUAAUCAUGGAUAAGGAGCUAAUCCCACUUAUAAAAUGGGAGAUGGAGACAUUUACACACCCGGUGUGUGGUAUUCUUGUGUUUGCAUCUGUGUCAUUGUUUCCUCUGAUACUUAUUCCAACUACGCCGUCAAUGUGGGUGGCUGGGAUUACAUUUGGUUAUGGAUAUGGUCUUCUCCUUACUCUCCCAUCUGUAGCUCUUGGUGUAUCACUUCCUUACUUUAUCAGCUAUCUCUUCUGCAACAAAAUUCAAGGUUGGUUAGAAAAAUAUCCAGAUCAAGCUGCAAUGUUGAGAGCUGCUGGUGGAGGAAGUUGGUUUCACCAGUUUCGAGCAGUAACCUUAAUCAGGAUUUCUCCGUUCCCUUUUGCUCUUUAUAACUACUGCGCUGUUGCAACUCGUGUAAAGUACGGUCCUUACAUAGCUGGUUCCCUCGUAGGCAUGGCGCCAGAGAUUUUUGUCGCACUUUAUACAGGGAUUCUUAUAAGAACAUUGGCAGAUGCAUCAACCGAGGAACAGAAGGGCCUCUCAAUUCUUCAGAUUGUUGUCAACAUUUUUGGUUUUGUAGCAGCUGUUGUGACGACUAUUCUCAUCACUAAGUAUGCAAAAAGACAGCUCGAAGUUAUGAAGAAGGAGAAGGAAGUUUUGUUAUUACAGUAAUGGAGACAACAUGCAACCUCUGAAGUUUUGUCUCUGCUUUUAUUCCCAAAGUACAGGUUUUGUCCAAGAUGUGAAAGAACUCUUUGGACGGUCUCUGAGUUCUCCACUUUCUUGUUUUGUUCUGUUUACAGCCAAGAAAAGAAAAUUAUAAACACAGACAACUCUCUAACACGAUCUUUAGUGUCUUUGAUGUUUGGAAAGAAUCAAGUAACUGACAUUGUUGUUAUUGGUAUAUAUAUAAUAGUUAAAAACUUAAGUUCAUGUCU